AUGUCUUUCCUAAAGUUUUGGGGUAAGAAAGAAAAAUCCGCAGACGAUGACCCGAAAAAAGAUGAAGUCGAUCCUGAGGUAGAGAAACGUCGAUUACGUCACAGUCUGUCCAUCUCUCGUUCAGGCAGAUUUAAACAAAAGAAACGAGACAGAGGUCAGAUACAACCGGAACUGUUUAGCGGACAAGAAGACAAACAUGAUUCUGACGGUACACCGGAUGUGACUACAAGUGGUUCUCACACUGCUAACGGGAUUAGACCCAGCCACAACACGUCUCACCCGCGAUCUCCAAACACCAAAUGCCGUGAUGUCAACUCCAAGAUAUCUGCAGAAAAUAUGCGGUUAGGACGAUCUGUUGUUACGUAA